ACAUGUACCAUUACACUUUCUAUUAAACCCCAGAUUCAAGACCGAUACCAAACAACCAAACACCAUGGAUAAGACAGCGACAGUACUUUCCUCUCUCUUGUUCUUGUUCACAUUCCUCACCACCACCUCUUUGUCUAAAGAUCUCUGUAACCAAGAUGACAAGAAUACCCUCCUCAAGAUCAAGGAAUCCCUAAACAACCCUUACCACCUGGCUUCGUGGCACCCCGAAACCGACUGUUGCUCGUGGUACUGCCUCGAGUGCGGCGACGCCACCGUUAACCACCGAGUUACCUCCCUAACAAUAUUCUCUGGCCAGAUCUCCGGUCAGAUCCCGCCUGAAGUCGGUGAUUUACCAUAUCUCGAGACCCUUGUCUUUCGCAAACUCACUAACCUCACCGGUCAAAUCCAACCCACCAUCGCUAAACUCAAGAACCUCAAAUACCUCAGGCUCAGCUGGACUAAUCUGACCGGUCCAAUCCCUGAUUUUAUAAGUCAGCUCAAGAAACUUGAGUUCUUAGAACUUUCCUUCAAUGAUCUCUCUGGUUCCAUACCUAGCUCUCUCUCCACGUUACCUAAUAUCAUGGCCCUUGAACUUAGCAGGAACAAGCUUACAGGUUCGAUACCAGAGUCAUUUGGGUCGUUUCCAGGAGCAGUCCCUGACCUUCGCCUGUCACACAACCAGCUCUCCGGUCCAAUACCCAAAUCACUAGGGAACCUAGACUUUAACCGGAUCGAUCUCUCCCGGAACAAGCUCGAAGGCGAUGCUUCCAUGUUGUUUGGAGCCAACAAAACGUCAUGGUCCAUUGAUUUAUCAAGAAACAUGUUCCAGUUCGAUCUCUCAAAGGUUGAGUUACCUAAGACACUUGGUGUCUUGGACUUGAACCACAAUGGUAUCACAGGGAAUAUUCCGGUUCAGUGGACUGAGACUCCUCUUCAAUUCUUCAAUGUUAGCUACAACAGAUUGUGUGGACACAUCCCAACAGGAGGGAAACUUCAGUCGUUUGAUUCUUAUUCCUAUUCUCACAAUAAGUGUUUGUGUGGUGCACCUUUCGAUAAUUGCAAGUGAAGAUUCAAACUGCCAACCGCUACUAUUCUACUUUUGCCAAAGAAUCCAUAUAGAAGACAACUGUAUCUUUUUUAUUCGGAUUGAUUAAUAAAAAACAUCACCCCCAAAACUUUGUAUCUGAAUUCUGAUUAUGAAUUCUUAGUACAUUUUCAAAACCUCCCAAAUAAAGAAUAAGGGGCAUUCCUAAUUUCCUAUUAUUGUACUUCUUUUAAAAAAAAGUUAUCUGUUAAUUAAAUCACAUUGAAUAAUUGGUUCUA